AUGUCAAUCGCACCUCCACUCAGCGUCGGCUGGGGAUAUGGCAUCGUUCUUGGUUUGGGAGCUCUAUUUGCAUUUGGCAUGAUCCUUGUAACGUGGAUCCUCAAACGAUAUAACCAUGAAUUACAAACAUCGGAAAUGUUCAGCACAGCUGGAAGAACAGUAAAAUCGGGAUUGGUCGCAUCUGCGGUUGUAUCUUCAUGGACUUGGGCUGCUACACUACUGCAAAGUUCUGGUGUUGCAUACAAAUAUGGCGUUUCGGGACCUUUUUGGUAUGCAUCUGGAGCCACGGUUCAGAUCUUAUUGUUUGCGACUAUUGCCAUUGAGUUGAAGAGAAGAGCACCAAAUGCUCAUACUUUCCUCGAGGUCAUCAGAGCUAGAUAUGGGGUACAUGCUCAUAUAGUUUUUAUCGUCUUCGGUUUGAUGACCAACAUUCUCGUUACUGCAAUGCUUUUGACCGGUGGUGCUGCUGUGGUAUCUUCCUUGACAGGAAUGCCUACACCUGCUGCCUGUUUCCUUCUACCACUGGGUGUCGUCAUGUAUACCAUGUUCGGUGGUAUCAAAGCUACUUUUCUCACCGAUUGGGUCCAUACGUUUAUGCUCCUGAUCAUCAUACUGAUCUUCGCAUUCACCACCUACGCGACAAGCGAUGUCCUCGGAUCACCAAAAGCAGUAUUUGAUCUUCUACUCCAAGCAGCUGUCGAUCAUCCAGUCGAAGGUAAUUCGGGAGGUAGCUAUCUCACCAUGAAAUCGUCAGAAGGUGCCAUCUUCUUCGUCAUCAAUAUCGUCGGAAAUUUUGGAACCGUGUUCUUGGAUAAUGGAUACUACAAUAAGGCAAUUGCUGCAUCUCCAGUGCAUGCACUUCCGGGAUAUAUCAUGGGUGGGAUCUCUUGGUUUGCCAUUCCAUGGCUAUGCGCUACAACAAUGGGCUUAGCAGCCAUUGCUCUUGAAGGCAACCCCGUCUUCCCUACCUAUCCCAAUCGCAUGGAUGCUGCCGAUGUCUCAGCAGGUCUUGUACUUCCUUACGCCGCCGUUGCCAUUCUUGGAAAUGGUGGUGCAGUUUGCACCCUUCUCAUUGUCUUCAUGGCCGUUACAUCCGCGUCAUCCGCCGAACUCAUCGCCGUAUCGUCAAUAUUCACAUAUGAUAUCUACCAAACAUACUUCAAUCCCGGUGCCAGUGGAAAGAGAUUGAUUUACAUGAGUCACGCAAUGGUCAUUGGCUUCGGCUUACUCAUGGCAGCUUUCUCAACAGGUUUAUACUACGCCGGUAUUUCCAUGGGUUACCUCUACCUAAUGAUGGGCGUAAUCAUCUCCUCGGCCGUUAUUCCCGCAACUCUAACAAUCAUGUGGGCCGGUCACAACCGCUGGGCCGCCACGCUCACUCCUCCUCUCGGUCUCAUCUGCGCUGUCAUAGCCUGGCUCGUCACGGCCAAAAAAGAAUGCGGCUCCCUCAACGUCGAUUGCACCGGUUCCAAUAUCCCCAUAUUAGCAGGCAACGUCACGGCUCUCCUCUCUCCUCUUAUCUUUACCCCCCUCUUUACACUCAUCUUCGGCUGGGAUAAAUAUGACUGGAAAUCCAUGGCCGCCAUCCGCAAAGGCGACGAUCACGAUUUAGCCGACGCAGCCGACGUAGACAUCGAACUCGUACCCGGUGAAACGCGCGCCUCGGCCGCAGAAGAAGCGCUCGAACAAACAAAUCUUCUGCGCGCUUCGAAAAUUGCAAAGGGUAUGACCGUCAUCUUGACUCUCGCAUUGUUGAUAUUAUGGCCCAUGCCCAUGUACGGCAGCGGCUACAUUUUCACCGAGAAAUUCUUUACCGGGUGGGUGGUGGUAGGUAUUAUCUGGUUAAUAGGCAGUCUGUUGACCGUGGGUGUGUAUCCUGUGUUUGAAGGGAGACAUUCGUUGGCGAGGACGGCAAAGUCGAUUUAUUUGGAUAUUACGGGCAAGCAACAUCCGAGUAGACAUCAUAGGCCAGAAGCUACGUAUGUAGAGGGAAUAAAGGAUGAUGGAACUGAGACGCCGCCGGUUGAGGGUGGCGAGAAGGAGAAGGAGAUUGCGGGGAAGAUUGAGGUUACUGCUCAGUAG